AUGGAUGGCCAUACUAAGUCUAAGAGGACGCGGGCUAAGGGGGAGUCACUGGACAUACUUAAGAGUUCGUUCCAGUUGAACCCGAACCCUAGCCUGCAAGAGCGAAACAGGAUCAGUGAGUUGACGGGCAUGCCGGAGAAGAAUGUGCGGAUAUGGUUUCAGAACAGGCGUGCGAAGGUCCGGAAGAAAGGGAAGCUGGAUGGGGAUAAGCCCAAGUUGCAUGAUGGCGAAAGUAGGGUGGUCAGCGGUACUGGUGCUGGUGCUGGGACUGCGACAGCAGGCCCCGGUGCAGGUGCUGGUGUGACCAGGACACAAGGCACCGCAACGAGGACGACAGCGACCACAGAUGUUACCACGGUGGAUACAAGCGGUCCGCCAUACUUUGACAAGUUACCCUUGAACAUCAACAACAACUACUAUUUCAUAGACGUGUUCUCCAUAACCGUGGGGAGCUGGAACAGAAUGAAGAGUGGGUCGCUGACCGCGAACAGCUUACCUGUGGUCAAGGAUUUGCCGAACCUUUCGCCUGUGUCCAUGAACCAGCUCAUGUCCGAUGCAACCGACCUAAUGGUUGUGAUAUCCAAAAAGAACUUCGAAAUAAACUACUUCUUUAGCGCCAUGGCUAACAACACAAAAAUUCUUUUCAGAAUCUUUUUUAGAAUCAACACUGUGGCGUCGUGCUCUUUGAGUUUUGACAAGACCGAUGAAGAGAUAAACAAUAGAACCGACCCGGCUAACAAACAAGCAGAAUUGAAACUGAAAGUAAACAAACCUCCAAAAUUUGCCGUCUAUUUCUUAAACCAACCCGAGAACAAUAAUACCAAUCAGUGGUGUCUAUGUGAAGAUUUCUCUGAGGGUAAGCAGGUCAAUGAUGCGUUCGUUGGCGGUUCAAACGUCCCACACGUUUUGAAAGGUCUCGAGAGCUCUUUGAAAAUACUCAACUCAUUGAUACUAGACUACAUAAGUACUAACGAUACAAUUACAAGCGCACCUCUGCCUCCACCACCAACUAAUGUUGGCUCAGAUAUACUACAUCCACAGAUGCACCCUGCACCUCACGGGUUGAUGGCUUACAAUGCAGGUAUGUCCGGUCAAAUGGCUCCAAGCUCGCAUACCAGCGAAACUCUACAUAGUAUUGCUAAUGCAGGUGGCAGUAUCAGCCCUCCAGGUUUCGGGGGGCCGUAUGCUGCAUUGCCACAUAUCCAACCACAACCGUCUGUCGAUAGCACGUAUUUUUUCAAUCAAUAUAAUCCACAACCAGUGGCUCAUGAACAUAUAAUGAGUGGGCCAGAAACAAUAUCUACCUAUGAUGGUCACACCAUAUUGCAACAUCCGCCAGCAAUGCAAGGCAUGAUACAGGCUAACCAUAAUCCUAUCAUAAAUAGUGCAUAUGCUCACAACCCUAUGGACAAUAUGCUUGUCGGUGUGCCAUCUGUCAAUAACUCAGAAAGCAUGCUUACAUUUACCAACGAAUCUGGCAUGACAAACAACAUUCCUGAGUUUUUAAGAAAUCCUUCAGAAGUAAACGAAGACAACCGUUGGAUAUAA